AUGCCCCUCCAACAUCAAACCUUCAAACACAUCAAACAAAACCCCUCCAUUCUCAUUCCCCCCAAAACUCCACCUUCUUCAACCCCCAUAAACCAUCCCUACAUUUCACAACUCCUCUCCACACCCAACUGGGCCCUGCUACUAAACCACCACCUCUUCUCAAAGGCGCUCCUCCUCAACCCUCGCUCCGCCGUAGCCGUCUUCCAAAACCAACACAACCCCUCCCACGCCGUCAAGUUUCACGCUUGGCUUUCGCAUGUCAACCCCGCACUCGCCACUCACCGAUCAGUGCAACGCGCUCUGCGGAACACACUGCACCGUAACGGCCCCGCGGUGCUGUCGCUCGAGUUGCUCCGUGAAGUUCACAAUUCCGGGUUUCAGGUCACCGAGGACCUGCUCUGCGCGUUGAUUGGAAGCUGGGGAAGGCUCGGUUUGGCAAAUUACUGUGCUCACAUUUUCGGUCAAAUCUCCUUCUUGAGUCUCACCCCCUCCACUAGGUUGUACAACGCUCUUAUUGACGCUUUGGUGAAAUCAAAUUCAAUUGACCUUGCUUAUCUCAAAUUCCAACAAAUGCCUGCGGAUAAUUGCCGCCCCGAUAGAAUUACCUAUAACACCCUCGUUCACGGGGUUUGCAAGAUUGGCGUGGUGGAUGAGGCGCUUCGAUUAAUCAGACAGAUGAAUGAUAAGGGGCAUUUUCCUAAUGUGUUCACUUAUACAAUGCUUAUUGAUGGGUUUUGUAACGCGAACAGGGUUGGCGAAGCAUUUGGGGUUUUUGAGACGAUGAAGGAGAGUGGGGUUUGUCCAAAUGAAGCCACUGUGAGAGCAUUAGUCCACGGGGUUUUUCGUUGCGCGGAUCCAGGUGAGGCACAUGAGAUGUUGUUAUCUAAGUUUAUACAUAAGGAUCUGGUGCAGGAGGGCGUUCAUUUUAAGUUAGUUUGUGAUACUAUGUUGUAUUGCCUUGCGAAUAAUUCUAUGGCGAAAGAGAUGGUUGUGUUUCUGAGGAAGGUUCUGGGAAGAGGUUAUGCCCCUGAUACCUCCGUUUUCAAUGUCAUAAUGGCUUGUUUGGUUAAGGGAGCUGAGCUGAGAGACACGUGUGAAAUAUUUGAAAUUUUAAGAAACCAAGGUGUGAAGGCUAGCAUUGGUACUUAUCUUGCACUUAUGGACGCGUUGUACAAAAGUGGACGCACAGAAGAUGGGAAUCGUGUUUCUGGUCAAAUGAUGAGCGAUGGGCUAAUUUCUAAUGUUUUCUCAUAUAACAUGAUACUUGAUUGCUUCUGCAGAGCCAAAUUGAUGGAUAAUGCGUCUGAGGCUUUCAGAGACAUGCAGGUUAGAGGCUUUGUUCCCAACCUUGUUACUUUUAAUACCCUUAUUAAUGGCCAUUGCAAGGAUGGAUCAAUAGUCAAGGCACGGGAGCUGUUGGAGAUGCUUUUAGAAAGUGGGCUUAAACCUGAUAUCUUCACUUUUAGCUCUAUAAUUGAUGGACUCUGUCGAAUAAAGAAGACUGAGGAAGCUUUUGAGUGUUUUACGGAGAUGAUUGAGUGGGGCAUCAAUCCAAAUGCCGUCAUUUACAAUAUCUUAAUUCGGUCUGUUUGUGCCAUUGGGGAUGUUGCAAGGUCAGUGAAACUUUUAAGGAGAAUGCAAGAGGAAGGAAUAAGCCCUGACACCUACUCCUAUAAUGCUUUGAUCCAAAUCUUCUGUAGGAUGAAUAAAGUUCAUAAGGCUAAAAAGCUAUUUGAUUCGAUGUCAAGAUCUGGCUUGAAUCCAGACAGUUACACUUAUGGUGCUUUUAUAGAGGCACUGUCUAAAUCUGGGAGAUUAGAGGAAGCUAAGAAGAUGUUUUACUCAAUGGAGGAAAAUGGUUGUUCUCCUGAUUUUUAUAUAUGUAACUUGAUUAUUAAAAUAUUGAUUCAGCAGGACUCUUCAGAAGAGGCACGAAACAUCAUGGAAAGAUGCAGACAUAAGGGAAUAUCUUUAAAUUUUAUUCCUAAUUUGUAG